AGCAGGCAAGCAGAUUGUACAGUCUCUCCUAAAAAGGAUUUCUUCUUUACAACUCACGCACACGCUAUAUGCCGACCGAAGGGACAGCGUCUCAGGUAUCAGCAUGAAGAGAAAUACCAACUGUUGGUCUGUGGGACUCAAAAGUAUGAAAAGCGUGGACAGUACGGUGUCCGUUUAACCAUAACUAAUAACCCUAGCAUGUGGGAAAGUCAGUAAGCAUGCCCAGACAAGCAUGAACACUGGUGACACUGAAGACAGUGGAUUAUAAAAAAGGAAAGAGGACAGUAGGAAACCAAAGAGUGACCACUGAAUUGUUACUAAACUGAUGGUUUCAUCGGCUGCUGAGUGAAGAAUGCUCUCUAUAGGAGGUGACGCCCUCCUACAGAGUGGAGUUCGUGGCAAAGAUGUCCAAACUGGCCUUCAGCACAGCUGAGCAGGUCUUUUUUCUGUUCUCCACAAGUGAGCACGUGAUGUCCAAGGGCCACUGAGGUGCCUGACAUUAGUCUUUGGUGUAAAAAACCAAACCAAAAAACUUGAACCGUUAUUGAGAAACCAUUACCUUCUCCGUCAUGGUGCUGCAAAUGUGGUAUGGAACUCAUCUGCUCUGGAUCGGGCUUUUUGUAGGCGCGAUGGCAGAAGCUGGGGCCAGCCUGAAGUUCUCCGGAGCUGAGGGGCAGUGGGCGGCUUUUCCCAUGUGGAACGCCUGCUGUGAGAGUGAGAUGAGCUUCAGCAUGAAAACCAAGAGCUCCAGCGGGCUCCUCGUAUACCUGGACGACGAGGGCUUCUGCGACUUCCUUGAGCUGCUUGUGAGCGGCGGCAAGCUCCGCCUGCGUUUCUCCAUCUUCUGCGCCGAGCCCGUCAUGGCGCUCUCAGACGUAGAGGUCGACGACGGCGAGUGGCACGCCAUCGCCAUCAAGAGGAACUUCAAGAACACCACGCUCGUAGUGGACCAGGAGGUCAAGUGGGUAGAGGUUAAGUCCAAAAGGCGAGACAUGACUGUCUUCAGCCACUUGUACCUAGGAGGGAUACCUCCUGAACUGCGCUCCGUUGCCCUCCGGCUGACGUCGGACGUUGUGAAGGACCAGAUCCCCUUUAAGGGAUGGAUAGCAGACUUGAAGGUCAACAACUCUGUGCCUUCCAUGCUGAACAGUGGUGGGGUGGAGAGGGAUCUCUGUGGCAGUGCAAACGUGUGCAUGAACGGAGGGGUGUGCAGUAUUGUGAACGACGAACCCACGUGUGAUUGCUCAGAGACUGGCUAUCAGGGAAAGGACUGCAGUGAAGAAGACAGCCAGGCCGAAGGUCUUGCACACCUGAUGAUGGGAGACCAAGGUAAAAGUAAAGGAAAGGAGGAGUACGUGGCGACCUUCAAGGGCUCCGAGUACUUCUGCUACGACCUGUCACAGAACCCGAUCCAGAGCAGCAGCGACGAGAUCACGCUCUCAUUCAAGACCCUGCAGAGGAACGGCCUGAUGCUGCACACGGGCAAAUCGGCAGACUACGUCAACCUGGCGCUGAAAAACGGGGCAGUUUCGCUCGUCAUUAAUUUGGGCUCGGGGGCCUUUGAAGCCCUCGUGGAGCCAGUCAAUGGAAAAUUUAAUGACAAUGAUUGGCAUGAUGUCAAAGUAACGAGGAAUCUCCGUCAGCACUCAGGCAUUGGACACGCUAUGGUAACAAUAUCCGUGGAUGGGAUUCUGACUACCACGGGGUACACACAGGAGGACUACACCAUGCUGGGCUCGGACGACUUUUUCUAUGUCGGAGGAAGCCCUAGCACGGCCGACCUGCCAGGAUCACCUGUUAGCAACAAUUUUAUGGGUUGCCUAAAGGAGGUGGUAUACAAAAACAACGACGUGCGACUGGAGCUCUCCAGGCUGGCUUUGCAGGGCGACCACAAGAUGAAGAUCCAUGGUGUGGUGGCCUUCAAGUGUGAGAACGUGGCCACUCUUGACCCCAUCACGUUUGAGACCCCGGAGGCCUUCAUUACCCUGCACAAGUGGAACACCAAGAAGACGGGCUCCAUCUCCUUCGACUUCCGCACCACGGAGCCCAAUGGCCUGCUGCUCUUCAGCCACGGGAGGCCCAAGCAGCAGACCAAGGAGGCCAAGAGCCCCCUCACACUGAAGGUGGACUUCUUCGCCAUCGAGAUGCUGGACGGACACUUGUAUCUGCUGUUGGACAUGGGCUCGGGCGCCACCAAGACGCGGGCGGUCAACAAGAAGGUCAACGACGGCGAGUGGUACCACGUGGACUUCCAGAGGGACGGGAGAUCAGGUACCAUUUCCGUGAACACCAUCCGCACGCCCUACCAGGCCCCGGGAGAGAGCGAGAUACUGGACCUGGAUGAUAACCUGUACCUGGGAGGGCUGCCCGGGAACAAGGCAGGCCUGGUCUUCCCCACGGAGGUGUGGACGGCGCUGCUCAACUACGGCUUCGUGGGCUGCGUGCGCGACCUGUUCGUCGACGGUCAGAGCAAGGACGUGCGGCGCACAGCCGAGGCCCAGAAGGCGGCCGGCGUGAAGCCCUCCUGCUCUAGGGAGGCACCCAAGCAGUGCCUGAGCAACCCCUGCUUGAACCACGGCGUCUGCCGGGAAGGCUGGAACCGCUACGUCUGCGACUGCGCCGCCACGGGCUUCCUGGGCCAGUCCUGUGAAAGAGACGCCACCAUCCUGAGCUACGACGGCAGCAAGUUCAUGAAGAUCCAUCUGCCAGUGGCGAUGCACACGGAGGCCGAGGACGUGACGCUCCGCUUCCGGUCGCAGAGAGCCUUCGGAAUUCUCAUGGCGACCACUUCCCGGGACUCGGCCGACACCCUGCGGCUGGAACUUGAGACUGGACGUGUCCGGCUUACUAUUAACCUAGACUGUAUCAGGAGUAACUGUACCUCCAGCAAGGGCCCAGAGAGCUUGUCGGCCGGACAGGGUCUGAACGAUAACGAGUGGCACACGGUGCGGGUGUCGCGGAGGGGGCGCAGUCUGCAGCUGGGCGUGGACGAGCUGCAGCGCGUGGAAGUGGAGAUCCCCGGCGACCACACCCAGCUGGAGUUCCACAACAUCGAGACGGGCAUCGUCACAGAGCGCCGCCACCAGCCUGUGGUGCCCUCCAACUUCAUCGGGCACCUGCAGGCGCUGGCGUUCAACGGCAUGCCCUACAUCGACCUGUGCAAGAACGGCGACAUCGACUACUGCGAGCUCAACGCCAUGAUUGGCUUCAAGAACAUCAUCGCCGACCCCGUGACCUUCAGGUCUCGCUCCAGCUACGUUGCCCUGGCAACCCUGCAAGCUUACUACUCCAUGCACCUGUUCUUCCAGUUCAAGACCACCUCGUCCAACGGCCUCAUCCUCUACAACAGCGGCGACGGCAAUGACUUCAUAGUGGUGGAGCUUGUCAAAGGCUACCUGCACUAUGUAGCAGACCUGGGCAACGGUGCCCACCUCAUCAAGGGUAACUCCAACAAGCCCCUGAACGACAACCACUGGCACAACGUCAUGAUCUCCCGAGACACUAACAACCUGCACACCGUCAAGAUCGACACCAAGGUCACCACACAGACCACCAUGGGGGCCAAAAACCUGGAUCUGAAGGGGGACCUUUAUAUUGGGGGUGUGGCCAAGGAUAUGUACAGGGACCUGCCCAAGCUGGUGCACGCCAGAGAGGGCUUCCAAGGCUGCCUGGCGUCCGUGGACCUGAACGGCCGGCUCCCUGACCUCAUCUCUGAUGCACUCGCUUGUGUGGGUCAGAUUGAGAGGGGCUGCGAAGUUACGUUGAUGAAAGCUGACCUGCAAGGUCCAAGCACCACUUGUCAGGAGGACUCGUGUGCCAACCAGGGGGUGUGUCUGCAGCAGUGGGAAGGUUUCAGCUGUGACUGCAGUAUGACCUCAUUCGGUGGGCCGCUGUGUAACGACGCGGGGACAACGUACAUCUUCGGCCGGGACGGCGGGCGGAUCAAGUACACGUGGCCGCCCAACGAUCGUCCCAGCACUCGAGCCGACCGGCUGGCGCUGGGAUUCAGCACACAGCAGAAGGAGGCGUUGCUGAUCCGCGUGGACAGCUCCUCAGGCCUCGGAGACUAUCUCAAACUGCACAUUGACAAAGGCAACGUGGCGGUGAUCUUCAACGUGGGCACAGACGACAUCAACAUCGAGGAGAAGUCGAAGUUCGUCAACGACGGCAAGUACCACGUGGUGAAGUUCACGCGGAGCGGGGGUAAUGCCACGCUCCAGGUGGAUGACCUGCCCGUCAUUGAGCGCUACCCCACAGGAAACAUUGAUAACGAACGACUGGCGAUCGCUAGGCAACGAAUCCCAUAUCGACUCGGUCGAGUAGUUGACGAAUGGCUACUCGACAAAGGUCGGCAGCUGACAAUUUUCAACAGCCAGACCACCAUCCAGAUCGGGGGCUGGGAUCGUGACCGCAGUCAGUCCUUCCAGGGCCAGAUGUCGGGCCUGUACUACAACGGCCUGAAGGUGUUCAACAUGGCUGCCGAGGGCGACCCCAACGUGCGCACGGAGGGCAGCGUGCGUCUGGUCGGCGAGGCGCCCUCUUCAUCCUCGUCCAUUACCCCGCAGUCGGGCUCCACCGCCAACCGCUCUGACGCCUCCACCUCCGUCAUGGAGACCACCACCACCACCACCACCGCAGCCUCCGGCCGGAGGGUGAAGCAGACCACCCCGAGGGAGCCGCAGCAGACAACAGACGACGUGAUGGUGGCAUCUGCUGAGUGUCCGAGUGACGACGAAGACAUUGACCCGUGUGAGCCGAGCUCAGGUGGGUUAGCGAGCCCCACGGGCCCUGCCGUGAAGGGCUACCCCGACCCCGUGGAGGUGGUCCGAGAGUCCAGCAGCACCACGGGAAUGGUGGUGGGCAUCGUGGCCGCGGCUGCCCUCUGCAUCCUCAUCCUGCUCUACGCCAUGUACAAGUACCGCAACCGCGACGAGGGCUCCUACCACGUGGACGAGAGCCGCAACUACAUCAGCAACUCGGCGCAGUCCAACGGCGCCGUGGUGAAGGAGAAGCAGCCUGCAGCGGUCAAGGCGCCCAGCAAGGGAAAGAAAAACAAAGACAAAGAGUAUUACGUUUGAGCUUCGCUCCACCGAGCUCUUGCCACACCCACUUUUCUGAGGACCUUAUUUUUGUUUGUUUGUUUUUCUUUAUUUCUUUUGUUUGGCUCCGAAAGAGUAACACGAAAAAACCCAUUCUGUGUAUAAUAACGAGGAUUGGAAGGAGGAUAAAAAAAACCGACCACUUUGAAAAAUGUUAGUCCAUUUAUCUAAGAUAUUGCGCUACGCUGCAAAAUACACUGAGCAGGUGAGGGAGGGGCUUUGGCGUUCGGGGGGGGGGUUUCCCUUCGGGUGCAUCGGAGCCAAGGAGUGGGGGGGACGCGUACGGGCUGGACAAGCGGGACAUCGAGUCAGGGACAGACCGGACCGAGGGGCAAAAAAGCUGAUUAAAUAUCCGCCGAUCGGCCAUAAUCAAGCAGAUUACGGAGACGAAGCCCGUUUA